AUGCUUGUUCUCUUGCUUUGCUGGGCUGAAAUCUGCCUGCUGCUGCACUGUAGAGGUUGCCAGCUGGAAGAGCCAAAAAUGGGUUUGAAGGAAGUAGUGAAAUCUGAUAGCGUUAUUGCAGCAGUCCUUGGAGGAGAGGCAAAUUUCUAUUGCAAUUUCUCGCUCUCGGUGGAUGUUUUGCAAGUCACUUGGCAGAAGAGAAAUGGGUCUUCCCUCCAGAACAUAGCCACCUACAGCCCAAACCACGGGCUGAGGCUGAUAGGGUCAUUUUGGAAGAAGGCACGUUUCACUAGAGUAACCCUGAAGGCCUCAGCUAUCACGCUCCAAAAUCUCACAUUUGAGGAUGAGUCCUAUUACAGAUGCAUUUUCAACGUGUUCCCUCACGGCUCUUUCAGCAAAGAUAUAUGCCUCAACAUCCAAACAAUUUCUGAGCUAACAGUGGAAUAUGAAUCCCACCUGCCCACCACGGGUCUCCUUACUGCAGUUUGCUCAGCAACAGGAAAGCCUGCCCCAAAAAUCACCUGGCUGGAUGACGGAGACCUGGAUGAGUCCCCUGAAAUACACCAUCUCCAAAACGCAGAUGGAACAGUAACUGUGGCAAACAGACUUACAUUCUCUCCCAGGCACCUCCGUGCCUUGGCCUGCCUCCUUGACCACCCACAGGGAAGGAAAAUGAAGACCGUUUACCUGGAAAAAGGAAGGGAAGGUAUUCAGAAGAGCACAAUUAUCAUGGCGGUCUUAAUAGCUGUGAUGUCCUUAACAAUCUUGAUAUAUUGCAUCAUGAAAACAGUCAACACAAAAAGGAAAAAACCAAAGAGACAUAGUACAUCCAGAACAUCUGAAAAGGAGAAAGGCUUACACCAAGACCUAAGCGAGAAAGCUGUGAGCCUGCACACAUCGAAGGACCAGCACCUUGCUUAUCAAAAUGAG